AUGGACCAUGUUCGCCAAGAGAUGCAGUUGCAUGAUCGUAAACUUUUUACUCCACUUAUAACAACACCUUUAAGUUCGAUUAUAUCCUCCAAUAAUUUCAUUAGUUCCCUUCACUUUAACAAUCGUUACAUUUUUUAG